UCCACAGGAAGUUCUGACAAAUGUUUCAGAAUAAAAGCCUAUUUAGAAAAUGGAGGGAUUCUCUCAGCCGAGGUUAUAAGGGGCUUUUAAUUAAUCUGAAGUGUUGAAUUUGAAAUGAUGGUGCGAUAUGUUAACUUUACAAAGACAACGAAGCGGAUAAAAAGUAAAUAUAUAAACACACAGAGGGAUUAAUAAAUAAUGGACCAUCUAUAAUGUAGUCUGUUUCAGAUGAAGCUGGGAGCCUCUGCAGUUGUGGGCCAAAACACAUUAUCACGAUACUUUCAACAAAGACGUCAUCCUUCUUCCAAGGCCAUCAAGCAGUGUUGUUGUCAAACAUCGCACAAAGCAACAGUUACACGAAAAAGGACAUAUAUUGAAUGGAUUUGAAUUCCAGAAAUCCUGGGACCAGAGGAGUGUCACUGAACAAAUCCGGGAUGCCUUUGGAGAAAAACUCUCUGCUGAUGUGAGGUAAGCACUUUUAUUAAAUUAUGUCAAGUCUAAAUUUAAAGGAUAUCUCCAGCAGUGAAAAUGACAUGUAAUUAGAUUAUGUAUACAACAGAUCAAACCUAAACUAUUAGCCAGUUAUUUAGUACAUUUGAUAUUUUUUGGCAUCACUUACAUUCCUCAUUUAUUUUUCUGACUGCUGGUUUUCUGCUGUGCCCAUCUUCAAAGAUGAAAUGAAACACGGAUUGUCAGUGUCAGUGUCUUUUUAUAACCUUUUGCAUUUUUACCCACUGUUUCUCGGCCUCGAGUUUCUGAUGGCAUGUGGCAACAGAUUGAUUUCACCCAAACUGCGUGCUGGACAAGAACUGGAUGCAAAUCUCAUACAUAAAGUCUAUAAAUCCAAAGCCCUAUACACCAGACCAUCAAUCCCUCAGCCAAUUUUGGAUGAUAUUACAGGCUAUAGCAGUGAGGACAACAUUUGUGAGGAAAACGCUGGUUCAGCAAGGCAGCUGCGCUCCUCAUCUCUAACAGGAAAUAGACACUCACAUGCAUCUUCAGACGGUUUCACCAGCCGAAUGACUGCCUCCCCACCAACCCAUACCUCUGCAGUUCAACUUUUUGCCUCAUCACCUGGGUGUGAAGCAUUAGUCACUCAAACUCCUGCCUUGACAUACCAAAGCAGUAUCUCAACCAAUCAGUCAACCAGUCAGCCUUCUACCUCAUCAUUUGGAGGAACACCUUCAGCUGAUCCAACUCCGGUCCUGACUUGCCUAAACAGCUCAAGCUCACCCUACCAGAGCAGCACUCCAGCAAGUCUUUGUUCUGUGUUACCCUCUACCUCAACACACCAUCAGUCAGCAAACUAUGAUAACUACCUUUCAGUAAUGGCUGCACUGUCUGACAUGUCUUGUGAUGAUGAGGAAUUGAACCAGGCUAUACUGGCAAGCCUACAGAGUGAAAGAAGGACCACAGGAUCAUCGGUGCCAGUAAGCGAUAUUUUUGCAAGAUCUUGCAACAAAAAUAAACUAUCAGAGGAAAUGGAAUCUGAUGAUAUGGGAGUACCUGAAAAGGCUGUGGACUUAGGUGGACCAAGAAGAGCAUUUCUAAGACUGUUAAUGGAAGCUUUGCCCCUAUCUCCAAUGUUUGAGGGAGAAAGUGGCAAAAUGAACUUAGCCUUUGACAGUACUGGUCACAGAAUGUACAUCAUUUGAAGAUCUGCUAGCGACAACGGAGCCACUUGAGGAGUGUUUGGCCAAUGCUGGCUGCCUGAGGCCACUGCGGAGGUUGGAAGACAAGAAUCUGCUUGUAGAUGACAUCCUGAUGUUCCAAGUGAUAUACAGAGUGCGUGGUCCUUUUGAAAGAUUUCGGGAUGGACUGAGGACACUUGGUGUGCUGGACAAAAUGCAAGCUUACCCGGAGAGUUUUUGACCCCUUCUAUGCUGGUCUCCUACAACCCUCACAGCUGACCUGGUUGACAGCCUCUUCACCAUCCGCCUAUCUCCAGAUGGCAGCAACAGAAGGCGUGCUGAAGAAGUUGUUGUUCCUUUCUGGAGAGACUAUCUAACAGAUGCAGAAGAUCAAGAGGGAACGCACAAGCUGGGGACAAUUUUCGCCUUUGCCACUGGAGCCAAUACUGUUCCACCAAUUGGCUUCUCUCCACAACCUUCAGUUGAAUUUGUUCACCAAGAGAAUGACACAGGAACCAUCUCCAAACUGCCCAUUGUAAAUACCUGCAUCAGUUGUUUGAAGUUACCACUGCACAUCUCUUACAGAGACUUUCAGGAAAACAUGGACUUUGCAUUGGGCAAUACCCAUGGUUUUGGCAUAGCUUAAUUCAUGGGCAAGCCUUCUUCUCAGUAUUCUGUCAAAGUCAAGUUCACACUCAGAUAAUUCCAAAACAGUUCCUGACAAAUGUUUCUGGUGUGUAUAUCAUUCCACAUUGUUUUGUUUGAAAAAUACAUAUUGUUGCAUCUUUGUUAAAACAAUAAGGUGCUAACAUUUUCUUUAGUACAUUUCAGAUUUUCAGAAAGUUCAGUGAAGGCAAAAGCUGACUUCUAAUGAGAAACUUAUUGUGAUGUAAUCUUAAAAUUGUUGUGGAACUUAGCUCUGUAGUUUAGCUAGGAACUAAACUGAUUUUACUGUUGCUUGUUUUUAUUGAUAAGUAAACACAAUGUUGUUCAGCACUCCCCGCCUGUUUUUGAUCAUCAGUGUACUGAUUUCAUACUUUUCAUUUUCUCAUUACUUUGUAUUUCAGUAACUACAUUUAUCUGUGAUCUGAGGAUAAGUCAUAUGGAAGUGGAGCAGGUUACC